AUGUCAACCCUCACCACCUUCCUCUUCACCCCCCUCUCCCCAACCAUAAACCACACCAUCCCCUACAUCCUCACCAACUGGACAUUCUCCUACCUCGUCCUUGCUUCCCGCCACUGGAAACAAUACUACGGCUUCGAUCACAAUGAAUCUCCUCGUUACGAUAUCCAAGAAUAUGGAGAACGAAUGGUGAGAGAGGGGAAGCUGACGAAGAGACAAUUGGAUAGGGUGAAGAGGGUACAGAGUGCGUCGAGUAAUAGUGUGGAGCAUUUUGGGUUUUUUAUGGGGUGUAUUAUCCUAGCCCAACAAGCAAAUCUCCCUAUCCACACAAUCAAUACCUUUGGAUUAUCCUAUAAUCUAGCGAGAAUCGGAUAUGGAUUCGCGUAUACGUUUAUGGAAAGGAGGAACACGAGUAUUUUGAGAACGGUUUUUUGGUGGUGGGGAAACGUGAGUUGUAUUGGGAUUUUGUUGAAGGUGGGGAAGGCGUUGAAUGGAGGAGCUUAG